AUGGCCAAAGCCUCAGGAUCAGGGGACAUGCAUGAUUUGGGUGAGCCCGAGUAUGAGCUCCACGUCUCUUCCUUGGGGCCCAUGAAACCUUUGGCUGGUUGGCAGGCAGGCACUAUGGCUCACUGCAUGGUUCGACUGGAGCGGUGGCCAGAGGCGAGGGAAUAUUUGGCCUUGGCGCUGCGGGUGGAGUGCACCAAGGACUCUACGACCAAUGGCAGUCUGAUCGAGUUGUUGGAUCGCGUUGUGAGCUGUCACCAAGAGUUGGGAGACAUGCCUGGAAUGUUGGAAUACGUCCCAGACUUGGAAGAAGCAAUGCGUGGCCUGCGCCAACGAGGCUGGGACCGUCGUGAACGCGACGUCUAUGCGUUGUUGCUCCAGCGCAUCUCGACAGUGCUUCUCUUGGCCAGUGAAGGUACUGGUCAGAUGAUUGGCAAGGCAUUGCAGGUACUCGAAGAGGCAGCCAACAAUCUGCAGAUCUUCAUCGGUGACGCUGCCCGACCAGAAGACUUGCCUGAUGUAGAUGCGGAGGUUGACCUGGAACUGCCCGAGGAGGAUGAGAAGGCCAAGAUCAAGAAGAAGAAAUUUGGGCCGCAAGUCGACAAUGCAGGGGAGCUCUUGAAGCAAAUCCGCACCAGCAUCAAAAUUCUGAAGGUUAGCCAGACUGGUUCUGAACAAGAGGUUCAGGCUGCUGCAGGCAAAUCUUCCACAGCGUCAACAGCACGCUUUGAGGAGCAUGUGCCGGAACCACCUGCACCUACUCCUGCGCCUGCACCAGCAAAGACUCCACCAGCUGCAGAAACGGCAUCUCCAGAACCGGCAUUCCGGCGAGAUGGACUCAACUCGCUCCGGGGUGUGCUUCGAGAGGUCAGCCGAGCCCGGUGA